GAGGAAGUAAUAAUUCGCAACUAUGGGCAAAUCAAUCACGUUGUACGUGGACAUCGUGUCGCCAUUCGCUUACAUUGCGUAUUGGUUGACCAGGAACUCCCGCGCCUUCUCCUCCAUCCAAAUCAAAUAUGUCCCCAUCCUCCUUGGCGGCAUAAUGCAAUCCACAGGCAACACCCCACCCAUCAACAUCAAAAACAAAGACAAAUGGAUUGGUAAAGAACGAGUUCGUUGGGCCAAAACCUUCGGGGUCCCCAUGUCAGACUCCAUGCCCGAGCCUUUCCCUCAACCCACCGUCAACGCCCAGCGAGCUCUCUGCUACCUUUACAACAAAAGCCAGGACGACGUGAUCAAAGGCAUCGACGCGCUAUACGAAGCUUUCUGGGUCAAGAGCAAGAAGUUCAAUGAUAUGGGUACGAUUGAGGAGGCUUUGGGUACCAAGUUUGGGAAGAGUGAGGUUCAGGAGAUUUUGAAGGGUAUGAAGGGUGAUGAGGCGAAGAAAGCACUCAGAGAGAACACUGAUGAGGCUUUGAAAGAGGGGUGUUUUGGUUUGCCUUGGUUUGUGGCGGAGAAUGAGAAGGGGCAGAAGGAAGGGUUUUGGGGGGUGGACCAUAUUGGUCAGGUAAUGGAGUUUUUGGGUGUUGAGCUUGAGAGUGAGGGUGGGAGGUAUAGGAGUAUGUUGUAAGUUAACAUCGACAGAAUCAUGAGGUUUGUUCUUGUUGGCCUUUCACGGUCACGGAUCUACCACUAG